CACAGCACCUCCUGUGCCAACUCCAACGCUAUUCGCCCCAACGCUAUUCGCCCCAACGCUAUUCGCCCCAACGCUAUUCGCCCCAACGCUAUUCGCCCCAACGCUAUUCGCCCCAACGCUAUUCGCCCCAACGCUAUUCGCCCCAACGCUGUUCGCCCCAACGCUGUUCGCCCCAACGCUGUUCGCCCCAACGCUAUUCGCCCCAACGCUAUUCGCCCCAACGCUGUUCGCCCCAACGCUGUUCGCCCCAACGCUAUUCGCCCCAACGCUAUUCGCCCCAACGCUAUUCGCCCCAACGCUAUUCGCCCCAACGCUAUUCGCCCCAACGCUAUUCGCCCCAACGCUAUUCGCCCCAACGCUAUUCGCCCCAACGCUAUUCGCCCCAACGCUAUUCGCCCCAACGCUAUUCGCCCCAACGCUAUUCGCCCCAACGCUGUUCGCCCCAACGCUGUUCGCCCCAACGCUAUUCGCCCCAACGCUAUUCGCCCCAACGCUCUUCGCCCCAACGCUCUUCGCCCCAACGCUAUUCGCCCCAACGCUAUUCGCCCCAACGCUAUUCGCCCCAACGCCAUUCGCCCCCACGCCAUUCGCCCCCACCCCAUUCGCCCCCACCCCAUUCGCCCCCACGCCAUUCGCCCCCACGCUACCCCGUUGAUGACAAACCCUCCACUGUCCAACCCGUCUCCGGGCUGGGAGGAGGGGUUGGAGGAGGGAGGGGGGAAAGGGAAUGAAAGGACGGAGGGCGAGGCGAGCAGGAGGAAGGAAUUGAUUCACAGCAUUCAAGAUGAAGCCACCCAACCCAUUCAAGAUGAUAGCCUUGAAGCAGUCCAACCCAUCUCCAGGCUUUAA